UACAUGCAGAAGGUGGCGGUGAUCAACAGCUUGGAGGAGGACAUGAAGGCGUUGCCUGAUGAGGCGCUGGCAGCCAAGACCAGCGAGUUCCGUGGGCGGCUGCAGAAGGGAGAGAGCCUGGACGACAUACUGCCGGAGGCGUUCGCUGUCGUGCGCGAAGCCUCGCGCCGAGUUCUGAACAUGCGCCACUAUGACGUCCAGCUGAUUGGCGGGAUGGUGCUGCAUGUGGGAGCGGUAGCAGAGAUGCAGACCGGUGAAGGGAAGACACUGGUGGCCACCCUGCCGGCUUAUCUAAACGCUCUGGAGGGAAAGGGCGUCCACGUUGUCACUGUGAAUGACUACCUGGCCAAGCGGGACUGUGAGUGGAUGGGGAAGCUGUACCAGUUUCUGGGCGUCUCAGUGGCAGUAAUACAGGAGGGCUUUAGCCAGAAGCGCAAGCGUGCGGCCUUCAAUGCAGACAUCACAUACCUCACGGCCAACUCGCUCGGCUUCACCUUCCUGCAGGACACCAGCACUGUGGACCGCAAGGAUGACCUGGUGCGCCUCGCCAUCACGCGUCCCUUCAACUAUGCAAUUGUGGACGAGGCCGACUCGCUGCUGAUUGAUGACUGCCGCAACCCGCUCAUCAUCUCUGAUGAGCCAGACACCGGCGCCACCGAACGAUUCCUACUCGCCCACAAGGUGAAGACAGAGCGGGUAUUGAGGCUGGGUCAUUAUGUCAUUGACCGGAAGCUGCACCGCAUCUCACUCACCCGGGAUGGCAUGCUGCGCGGCCGGCCGCCCAACAUCAACGACCUGUGGGAGGCGGCCGUGCCGAUGGGGCCGUACAUAAUCACGGCGCUGCGCGCGCGCGAGCUGCACCGACGCGAUGUGAACUACAUCGUGCGCGAGGGCGAGGUGAAGAUUGUCAACACCAGCACCGGACGCAUCAUGCCCACCAGCCGCUGGACUGAUGAUCUGCACCAGGCGAUUGAGGCGCAGGAGUAUCCGGAGGUGGAGAUCAAGGGCAGGACCAAGGUGUCUUCCAGCAUCACCUUCCAGACCCUCUUCAAAUACUACUCCAAGCUCUCCGGCAUGACGGGCACAGCAAUAACAGAGGAGGAGGAGUUUCAUGAGGUGUACGGACUGUCGGUGACUGCCGUGCCAACACACAAGCCGCGCCGGCGCAUUGACCACGAGCCUCGAGUCUUCCUCACGGAGAAUCACAUGUUGCGCACGCUGCGGCUGCUGCUGACUAAGGCGCGUAGCCAGCUGCGGCCGGUGCUGAUCGGUACUGCCUCCGUGGCCGACUCGGAAUACGCUGCCGCCAACCUGCGUGCAUGGGGCAUCCAGCACCAGAUGCUGAAUGCACGGCCGCAGUACAUCCGCAGGGAGGCCAAGAUCAUCGCACAGGCGGGCGUGCCAGGCUUGAUUACGAUUGCCACAAACAUGGCAGGUCGGGGGACGGACAUCAUUCUGGGGGGCAACCCAAAGGGCCUUGCACAGCUGGCGCUGGAAAACACCGUCCUCCCAGCCAUGGCAGCAGAAGGACUGCACCAACAGCUCGUCUCAUCACUCCCCCUGGCGCAGAAAUCCUGGCCGAAGUUCGCGCAGUUAUUUCCCCGGCUGAAAGCUGUGGUGGACGCCAAACUUGGCGCGCAUGACACCAGCGAAGGGCCAGAUGUGAAGGAUGCGGGUGGGCUGCUGGUGCUGGUGCUGAGCAUGCAGGAGAGCGAGCGAGUGGCCAAGCAGCUGCGCGGCCGAGCCGGCCGCCAGGGCGACCCGGGCGAGACAUUCACCCUUGUAGAUCUCAACGACCCCCUUGUGGAAGCUGCCGGGCUCACCUCCGGCAUGGAGGCCGCGCGGCCCUUCCUUCAGAGUGCGCGCCGUUAUUCUUGCCUUCCAGAAUUGAGUUCUUUGACCCAAGAUGCAGUGGAGCGCACUUCCGGCAUGUAG